AUGAAGGCGAGGAACAACAGGCGGUUAAUCAAAAUGACUGAAACACAGGAGGCAGCUCCAGGAAGAGAAGUAAGGAGGCUAAAUCUAAUAGAGGUUAAGGAGUUAGGCAGAAAAAAAGUCAAAGAACGAAAAGAUAAAGGAGAGGGGUUCUUUGUGUCAUGGACAAGUCACAGGAGGGAAGCCCAGAGAAGGAAAGUUAAGGGAAGACUAAACGAUAAGGAGGAGGAACAGCACACGCGAAGAGAUCUUCAGGGGGAAGUGAGAAGCGGUGACUCGUUAAAAUUGUCAAAAGGAGGAGAGAUAGACAAAAUAGAAGAGAAUCGUGAUUCCCGGAAAAUUCCCCAAAACACCCCCAGUGAGAGAAGAAUCCCAUAUCAGACGAUAAUUCAGAGAGUAUCAACAGGCGUGUAA